ACCGAGUGCACACUACAGGAGAAAGGUAGAGAAUUGGGACGCACUGCAUAUCCUUCCAAAAUGACAGAACCAACUCUAUCCCACUCAGUAAAUACUCAGGUCAUGCAAUCACAUGAAAACUCUGAUAGUGACACGAGCCAACAAACAGAGUACAGCCUGCUGCAAGUGAACGGGGCAUGGAACAGACAGACUGGGGGACAGACUCAGAAGGAGGGACGGUUAUCAGCUGCUAAAAUUUUCCAGAGCACCUCAGAACAUGGCCUCUCCUGGACAGUGGUCAGCCCUAUUGUGUUCACCUACAGAGUGAUCCAAUGCCACAACCUGCUGGAUGUUGGGAAUGACACACUGCUAUGUGGUCAUAUAGAGGACCAGGAUGAGCUCAAGGCCUUCAGAAGCAACACCAAGCCCAUCAAACGCUUCAUUAUCAUUGAUGAGACAGUCAAUCAGCUCUAUGGCUCCCAGGUCACCAGGUAUUUUGAGGCCAGAAAUGUUCUUUAUAGGAUCCUCCCACUGCCCACUACAGAGGAGAACAAGUCCAUGGAGCUUGUGACCAGGAUUCUGGAGGAGGUCCACAAGUUUGGCAUAGACAGGCGCUCUGAGCCCAUUAUUGCUAUUGGAGGCGGGGUGUGUCUGGAUGUGGUGGGCCUAGCUGCUUCUCUCUACCGGAGGCGAACCCCCUAUAUCCGUGUCCCGACCACCCUGCUUUCCUAUAUUGAUGCCAGUGUGGGGGCCAAAACUGGAGUCAACUUUGCCAAUGGUAAGAACAAGCUGGGGAGUUACAUACCUCCGGUCGCAACAUUUUUAGACCGGACCUUCAUCCGAACUGUUCCUCGCAGGCAGGUUUCUAAUGGAAUGGCAGAAAUGUUAAAGAUGGCUCUGAUGAAACACAGGGGCCUGUUUGAGCUCCUGGAGACUAAAGGCAAGUACCUAUUGGACUCCAGUUUCCAAUCCCAUGACAAGAUCAGUGGCUGCUGUGACCUGGAAGAUGCUGCCUCUUCGUCCACACGGAUAGCCAUAGAAACCAUGCUGGAGGAGUUGGCUCCCAAUCUGUGGGAGGAUGACCUGGACAGACUGGUGGACUUUGGCCAUCUAGUCAGCCCUGAGCUAGAAAUGAAAGUGCUGCCUGCGCUGCUCCACGGGGAGGCGGUGAACAUUGACAUGUCCUUCAUGGUGUACGUGGCCCACCAGAAAGGGCUCCUGACAGGAGAGGAGAAGGCCCGGAUCAGCCACUGCAUGGUGGGUUUGGAGCUGCCUGUGUGGCACCAGGACUGCACUCUGGCCCUGGUGCAGAAGUCUCUGAGCGAACGACUGAAGCACUCUGCAGGGUCCCUGAGGAUGCCUCUUCCCACAGGACUGGGAUGUGCAGAAAUCUUCCAUGAAAUCAGUGAUGAAAUCCUGUGCCAGGCUUUCAAGAUCUGGUGUGAUGACCUUGGUUCUUCUUGACAUCUGGAGAUAACAAUAUCCACACUGAAUACACUGACGCUAUGACGAGCUGGUGAAGAUGAAAUAGUGUGUUUCAUAUUCAAUAUGUUUCAGUCAACACACAUUUACUUGAAGUCUAAAUAUGAAUAAUAUACAGUGCCUUCAGAAAGUCUUCACAUCCGUUGACUUUUUCCUCAUUUUGUUGUGUUACUGGCCGAAUUUAAAAUAGAUUACAUUGAGAUUUAUUUGGUAAUUGGCCUACAAACAAUACUCCAUAAUGUCAAAAUGGAAUUAUGUUUUUCGAAAUGUUUACAAAUUAAUAAAAAAUGAAAAGCUGAAAUGUCUUGAGUCACUAAGCUUUCAACCUUUGUGUUAUGGCAAGCCUAAAUAUGUUCAGGAGUAAAAAUGUGAGUAACAGGUCACAUAAGUUCCAUGGACUCACUGUGUGCAAUAAGUGUUUAACAUGAUUUUUGAAUGACUACCUCAUCUCUGUACCACACAGAUACAAUUAUCUAAAGGUCCUUCAGUCGAAAAGCGAAUUUCAAACACAGAUUCAACCACAAAGACCAGGGAGGUUUUCCAAUGCUUCACAAAGAAGGGCACCUAUUGGUAAAAAAGCAGACACUGAAUAUCCUCUUGAGCAUGGUGAAGUUAUUAAUUGCAGUUUGGACGGUGUAUCAAUACACCCAGUCACUACAAAGAUACAGGCGUCCUUCAUAACUCAGUUGCCGGAGAGGAAGGAAACUGCUCAGGGAUUCCACCAUGAGGCCAAUGGUGACAUUAAAACAGUUUAUAGAGUUUAAUGGCUGUGACAGGAGAAAACUGAGGAUGGAUCAACAACAUUGUAGUUACUCCACAAUACUAACCUAAUUGACAGAGUGAAAUAAAGGAAGCCUGUACAGAAUAAAAAAUAUUCCAAAACGUCCUGAAUACAAAGUGUUAUGUUUGAGGCAAAACACAUUACUGAGUACUACUUUCCAUAUUUUCAAGUAUAGUGGUUGCUGCAUCAUGUUAUGGGUAUGCUUGUAAUCGUUAAGCCGCCCACUUUUCAGGAUAAAAAAUAAAUGCAGUAGUGCUAAGCACAGGCACAUUCCUAGAGGAAAACCUGGUUCAGUCUGCUUUCUACAAGACACUGGGAGAUAAAUUCACCUUUCAGCAGGACAACAACCUAAAACACAAAGCCACAUCUACAGUGGAGAUGCUUACCAAGAAGACAGUGAAUGUUCCUGAGUGGCCGAGUUACAGUUUUGACUUAAAUAGUCUUGAAAAUCUAUGGCAAGCCCUGAAAAUGGUUGUUUAGCAAUGAUCAACGACCAAUUUGAUAGAGUUUGAAUAUUUCUUUAAAGAAUAAUGGCCAAAUGUUGCACAAUCCAUGUGUGGAAAGCUAUUGAAGACUUUUUAGAAGGAUUUUUAAGCCUUGAGACAAUUGAGACAUGGAUUGUAUAUGUGUGCCAUUCAGAGAGUGAAUGGGCAAGACAAAAGAUUUAAAUGCCUUUGAACGGGGUUUGGUGCACCGGUUUAAGUGUGUAAAGAACUGCAACGCUGCUGGGUUUUUCAUGCUCAACAGUUUCCUGUGUGUAUCCAUAAUGGUCCACCACCCAAAGGACAUCCAACCAACUUGACACAACUGUGGGAAGCAUUGGCCAGCAUCCCUGUGGAGCACUUUUGACACCUUAUAGAGUCAAUUUCCCAACAAAUUGAGGCUGUUCUGAAGGCAAAAGGGGGUGCAACGCAAUAUUAGGAAGGUGUCCAUAAUGUUUUUUUACACUCAGUGUAUAUUAGUGUUUUAUUCCCAUUAAUGUUUUUUACAAAUGUAAAAAAACACAUCCACUUUGACAUUCGAGUAUUUUGUGUAUAUCGUUGACCAAAAAUUACAAUUCAAUCAAUUUUAAUCCCACUUUGUAACACAAUAAAAUGUGGAAAAAGUCAAGGGGUGUGAAUAUUUUCUGAAAGCACUGUAUAUAUUAAUUAUAUUGGUCUUUGAACAUUAUAUACUGUAUUCUCAUUAACCUCAUUGUAUACAGUGUAAUUUCCCCAUCAUUCGUGUUUAGAGACAAUUAGGGAAAUACUUCAAAAGAAAGAAAACAUAGAAAGACCGGUAACAAUAUUUUAUUGACUUUCAUAUUUGUCACUAGUUUUCACACUCAGUUCCAAUGAAUGAGCUUGAUCGUGACACCACUGAUCCAUCCCUAACCAGUUUAUGACCAUCACUACCUCCAUCUCUCCUGGCAACAGAGCCGUCAUCAGAUUACAGUGGCAAUCUCAGCAAAAGGUGUCGAUCUGAACUAUAUAAAUAGAAUGAGUAGAGCUGACAGUUUGCUCAAUGUGUGAACAAACAUGGCUCUUUGAAAUGUUAGUGGCAUACCCAAACUGCCAUGGUAGUGGGCCCGAUCAAAAUGAAAAUGUGUAUUUACAAAUAAUAAGCUUCAAAUCAACUGUCACCAUUGCUUUUAUCGGACAUAGUAGUUCUAUGCAUUCAGUGACAUGCUGACCUGGGUUCAGUCAAAGGGCAGUGAGUGAAUGACAGGCCUGUGUCUAGAUAUCAGCAGACAGACCUGGGUUCAGUUUGACCAUGAGGGCCAUUCUGCAGUGGAUUGUUACUGCAGAGAAUGCCCCUUUAAGUGCAUGGGCUACUUUGUGCUUAGCUUAACCUUCUUCCUGAUUGCCAUUCUUCUUAAGUUAUCGUUCUAUAAAUAAGGAAGAAACAUCCAUACAUAAAGCUACAUCAGCUAAGCUGUCAAAAAACAAAUGUUAUUUCUUUCUUUACAUAUUUUAGACUUUGAAUUUGGAAACACAUUUUGGCAGUCAACACUGAGGUACAUUACAUUCUGAAAAAUUAUAGGUCGUAAAAAAGAAGCUGAUAAUUCAGUAAAACUACAUUUUGAUUAUUGCCCUCUGAGUGGAAUUCUGACAUAAAAAAAAUAUAUAAAUAAA